AUGCUCUUCAUUCACGUUUGUGUCAUUAUUGGCAUUCAUUUCCUCUUUUUGUCUCUAUUCCUUUUUAUUAUCAUCCAUUCAUUCUUUCGUUUGUUUUCAUUAUCCUCUAUAGCAUUCUUUUGUCUCUGUGUCUUUUAUUUCUUCCUCUUCCAAUAUUCUUUUCUACAUAGCUCAUCUUUAUCUACAGUUUCAAUAUUCAACAUUUGUGUUUUCAUCCAUUUCAUUCUUUUCCUCUUUCAAUUUAUUCUUUCACAUAGAAUAUUCUUUCAUUCAUUUUCCUCUUUCGGCACAUAUAGUCAACUUUUGUCAUCAUCCCCUUCAUUUUCCUCUUUUUCGAUGCUCUUCAUUUGUGUUUUCAUUGGCAUAUAUAGUAUUCCUCUUUCAUUUCUUCUUUCGUUUGUGUUUUCCUCAUGCUGCAUUUAUUUUUCCAUUCUUUCUUCCUCUUUCUUUUUUAUUAUCUUCAUUCUACUUUCAUUUGCUCAUCUUUGCAUUCAUUUCUUUUUUUCAUGUCAUUUUUUAUUAUCAGCAGUUAGAAUUAUUCAUUUCUACAUCUUUCAAUCCUUUGCAUUCAUUUUGUCUUUGUCUUUUUAUUAUUCCCCUUUUGAAUCAUUCUUCAUUCUACAUUUCCAAUUAUUGGCAUUCAUUUUUCCUUCUUUCAUUCAUUCUUCUGUUUCAACUUUUAUCAUCCCAUUCAUUCUUUGUUUUCAUUUCCCUACAUUCUACAUGAAUAUUCUUUCAUUCAUUCUUGUCCUCUUUCAAUGCUUUUCAUUCUACAUAGAAUAUCUUUUCAUUCAUUUUUCCUUUUCAGUAAUCUAUUCAACAUUACAUUUUGUCUCUGUGUCUUUUACCAGCACUCAACUUUGCAUUCAUUUUCCUCUUUCUGAGCUCCUAUUCAACAUUGCACAUCAUCCCCUUUCAUUCUACCACUUUCAAUCCUCUACAUUCUACAUGAAUAUUCUUUCAUUCAUUCUUCCUCUUUCAACUCUUCAUUCUACAUCAUCUUUGCAUUCAUUUUCCUCUUUCGUUACUCCCUAUUCAACUUUGCAUUAUCCCAUUCAUCCAUUUCAAUCCUUCUACAUUUCUUUCAUUCAUUCUUCCUCUCUUUCACAUCUGAAUAUUCUUUCAUUCAUUCUUCCUCUUUCAAUGCUCUUUCAUUCUACAUAG